UGCAGUAAAGCUUCAGUUUCAAGUGACAGAACAAGAUUUUUAAGACUUGUUGUGGUCAUUGUUGAAGAACUGACGCCAAUUUUACGAGAUGUGAUUGAAAAUGAAAUAUCAUUUAGUGCUUUAUAUAAAAAGGUAAAAUCAAAUAUCAGGUUGUUUAAUAAACUUCGGCGUGAUCAACUUCUAAACGUCCAAAGAGCCCAAACUGAUGGAUACAAAUACUUUGAUAUUAAUCUACUAUAUACGUUGAUACGUAAUCUUUGUCCAAAUAUCACACCAACACAAGGAUGGGGGAUCUCAGAAAUGCCUGCUCAGGGAGAGAUAAGUGUUGGAGAUGACAUAGAACGAAUUCGCUUGAUCAGAAACAAUCUUUACAGCCAUGCUUCUACUACAUGCAUUUCGGAAAAAGAGUUCAAUGAGUGUUGGACAGUCAUACAAAGCCUGUGUGAAAGAAUGGAGAACCACCUACAUAAAAACUACAUUCAACGUCUUCAAAAUGCUCAGACAUACUCACCUGAUGAGGAACUGGAAAGUGAGUGGAUGGAAAAAAUGAAAGAGUCAGUGAUGACAGCAGUGGCAGCUUCGAUAGAAGGAUUAGAAUACGGAUCAAUCAUUGCCACUGCAACAGUAGAUGUUACAUUAAAAGAUUCAGCAAAGAAAGAAGUUACCAAUUUUUUUUUAGGAAUAACAAAUUACCUUUUGAAUCGAAUUGUAGAUCAUAUUGAUGAGCCGUCCAUAGACGAGGAGCUAAAUAUAAUAUAUGACAAAAUAGUUGAAUCUCUAAAAGAUAAAUCAAAAGACAUGUCAAUGGAUUUUCUCAAACUAAUCUUCGACAAAUUGUUAUCAAAGAUAAAAAAGUAUACCGAUCAACGUGAGCGAGAGAUUAAUAUUUUGAACAAAUUUACAGAAUUCAUCCGUUACAUUAAAAGAGAGUAUGCUGCUAAAAUAAGCAGCAACAUUGGCAGUCUAGUACUAAAGCUUAAAUUUUCCACCGAUAAAGGCUUUGAACUUUACAAUAAGGACUUAGAGAGGGGAGCGAUAGGAAAACAAAUUCUUGAUUUACUUCUUUAUCCUUCGUAUCUAGCUUGUUUCGAUUUACAGUCCGACGAUUUGAUUAUAUCACUAAAUAACCAAACCAUCUAUCACGAAACUGGAAAUGGACAUUUUAGUGGGGGCCUUAAGGGAAAAACAGAAAGGGGGACACCCCUUGUUCUCUACAAAGACAGAAGAAUACCUUUACCGGCAGAAAAAUGUACAAUCCAUCCAACAAGAGAUCUUGAAAUCUACUGCGACUCUUGCAGUGUUCCUAUUUGUUACAGAUGCUCUACUUCAAAUCACAGUAAUCACCAGACCUCCGAUUUAGAGAUUGUCUAUAAUAAAAGACUACAACAAUGUAAAGAUCAACUGAAAAAUAUCCGCGAAGAAAAACUUAAUUCCCAGAAAGAACGAAAAGAAAAAGAUGAAGAAAGAUUUCAUCUGACGAAAUCAGCCAUGACGCAAAGAGCUGGUGAGAUAAAAGAAAUUGUUAAUAUUGUCCUUACCGAAAAGGUUUGUGAUCUUGGUGAGAUGAAAGAUUUGUAUUUAAAAGAAAAAGAAAAAGAGGGGUUAAAAAUAGAAGACUCAAUUGUAAAGCUUAAAAAGGAAAUGGAAUCAGCAUUAACGAAGCCGUCCAAUCUCUUAACAUUCCAUCAUAGAUUGGCGAACAUAUUAAAGGACCCUGGAACUGGUCAUACAACAGUACCGACAUUCAUUAAAGAUGCAAUAGAUAAAAAGAUGAUCGAAAAACAAUAUGGAGAAAUUAGCCGGCCAGUAAAAGAAUUGAAAUCCUGUCGACACGAAGAAACAAUGAAUCCUGGUCAGACCUUUCCACCUCUGAGCAAGGCGAAAGAAGCAGAAAGCAAAAGGACAAAGUCGCUGUGCGAUAUUUUAGUUGCUCCGUCGAUUCAAUUUGAAGUGAAAGAGGAAGGAAAAAUUAACAUACGUACACUAGCCUAUCAUUUAUCUGUUUUGUCUUCUGGUAAUUUCUGGGCCAGUAACAGCUGGGGUGACCUCAUCCUUUUUGACAAGGAGGGGAUUGUGCUGAAGAAAAUUAGAAAUAAUGCGGUAGAUGCCAUAGGCUAUCACUCCAUUUCCAUGGAGGGAAAACUUUUCUUCACAAUUGCCAAAACUAAAGAAAUCUGCCAGGUUACUAGCGAAUUGACCACCUCGAGAGUAAUGUCGUGUGAGGAGUUGGAACCGGGGGCUAUUUACUCCUCCCACAUCAAUGGAGAUAUACUAGUGGGGAUGAAUAAAAAUAAAGAAUUCAAGGUGACCAGAUUCAGCAAGGAAGGGAAGAAACUCCAAGUGAUCCAAAGAGAUGAAAAAGGGAUCAACCUUUACAAGAGUAUAGCCUACAUCACAGAGAACAUCAACGGUGAUGUCUGUACAUCAGAUUAUACCGCCCGUAGCAUUGUUGUGGUGAGAAGAUCCGGACAGCACCGGUUCUCUUACUUCGGGCACCAGUCUCAAUCUGGAUUCCAUCCAAAUGGUAUCUGUACAGACAAUUUGGGACAUAUCUUGGUGUGUAAUAGUUACUGUCACUUCUUUAGAAAUUAUUCCAGCGUCCACCUUCUGGAUAUGACUGGUCAGUUCCUGUCCCUUUUAAUUCCAUCAGAUCAAUGUCCUAGGAAACCCCGCGCUCUCUGUGUGGAUGAUCAGGGCACAAUAAUGGUCGGAAGUGAGGAAAGUUCUACUGUCACUCUGUACAAAUAUUAA